ACGAUGGCCAUCGUUCAGUCGUAUCGGGACGUCCUCAGUGAAGUGUCCCGUUUGCAGUCAGUCGUUCAGUCGCAGUCAGAGCUGGUGAAGAAGAUGAGAGAGAGGCCAGCGCCGCCUGUCUUCAGAAGAGCUGCUUCGACUGUUCCAGUGCAGUGCCUGGACGACGUGCAGAAGAGCAGCGUCCCUCGUCCUCCCAGCGCGCCUCCGCUGCCCUCGACUCCAGACGGCCUGCAGGAGAACUGCCUGAAGGACCCUUGGACCGUCCCUCGUCCGGCUCCGCUGGGCAGCCCCGGCGUGCGGCUCAAUCCCACUCUGCGCAUGAGCUCGCUGGACGACAGCUCCUGGUCCUUCCCCAGCACUCCCCGUCCAAGCGACGCCCUGUUCUGGGACCAAACCAAGCCCAAGAGCCCCGCCGGCAACUGGGCCCAACCGCACUGAGUCACGCUCCCGCCACACCACACCUUACCUGCCUUAACACACACGUCCCUCUCUGGAUGAUCCCGGACGAGCAAAUACCUCGAGCAGACUGGGACGGAGAAACCCACGCGGGACACCAAACACCCGAGAGCCGGACACUGGAAUGGACGUGUUCCUGACGUAUAUUUGUGAUUCAUUAUAUCCUAUAGGCUUGUGUUCAUCUCGAGUCGAUUCUAUUAACCGUGACGGAUCCUGUCUCGUGUUAUGAACGUGUAAGGGGAAUGUUUUAGUAGUUCACGCACUCCUCGAAGGAUUUUUCUUUAGAAACACAUCUGUCGUGUUUUUAUACCCAUAUACAGCUGUUCAAACCCCAAAUCAGGGGAAACAAAGUUUUAGUGUUUAGAUUUAGUCAAUAAAUGAGCUGAUCUGUGGGCAGCGGGUGUGUUUGUGCAAGUUAUUUGGCUUUAAACGGGGUCUCGCAGUCAACCUGAAAAUUUGCAAAUUAAAUAGUCUUUCUAUAGUAAAUGGUCGACUUUUUUUAGGGGCAGAGAACUUACUGUAUCCGUUAGUUUUCUUCCUCUGCUCUUGAGUCUAUGGCAGCCCACAGAACCGCUUGCGAGAAAGGGAUGAAAUUUGGCACACAGAUAGAGGACAGUCUCAACAUUAACCAUAGCAAAUUUGGAGUCUCAAACCCUAUAGCGCCAUCAACAGCUCAAAUUUGCACUCGUGUUUAUGCUAAUUUGAACCGUAAAGUCUAGCAAAAGCAAAAAAUAUUUUUCAAAAUUUCUCUGAAAAAUUCAAAAUUCCUUAAACAAAAUUCCUCGGCUCAUGCUGAUUCGAUGGCACCCUAUGACGUCAUUUUCCAUCAUGAAAAUUUUCCUGCCAUUUUCUUUUUGAAUUCCUCCUAGGCUGUUGCUCCAAUUUUCAGGAAAUUUGACUCGGAUCAUCUUCAGACCAUGCCGACAAAAAGCUAUGGAAUUCAAGUUGAUUAGUUAAACCGUUCUCGAAUAACGCGCAAACAAAUUUGUCGAAGAGCAUGCCAAAAUGGACGUGAGGCUAUAUCACCGCAACGCUUUAGUGUAUUGAGAUCAAACAUAGUGUGUGUUAUAACAACCAUGACUUGAGAAUACCUGUACAGUUUCGGCACAGCGCCACCUAGUGGUCAGGAUAUAUGACAAAUGAUUAUUUUUGAACAAUUUGUCCAAAAAUCACAAAACUGUUAAUUUUCAUUUUGGUGCGACAAACUGAGUGAAAUGAUACCCCACAUUAGCUAUUUUGGGAGUUGGCCAUUUUUAAUUUUGUCGUAAAAUCACAAAACUUGGUAUGCGUCUUUGACACCACACCCUGAAGAUACUCAAAAAGGUUUGGGGCAGUGCCACUUUGUGGUAAAAAACCUGAAUGAAAUCUUUAAAAAUGCUAAUAGCCUAACUCCUCCUGGACCAUUGGUCCGAUUUUUACCAAAUUUGACUCGGAUCAUCUUCAGACCAUGCCGACAAAAAGUUAUGAAUUUUGUGUCGAUAGACAAAAUGGUUUUUGUUUAACGCAUCAACAAAUUUGAUGACCGCAUACACGCUGCCAUACUGCAUCUGAGGCUGUAUCUCUGCAAAGCUUUGACAUAUUGACACCAAACUGUAUGUGUGUAUU